UACGACCAACACCAACAUGUCUGCGAAACUGAUCCUCGUGGUGGGCGCCCUCGCGGCUGUGGCCUCCGCCGUCCCCCGUCCCGACUCUCCUCCUGUCUACGGCGUUCCUCACCCAACCUACAAGCAGCCAGGAAUGCCCUUCGAGUUCGCCUACGCCGUCAAGGACCCCUACUCGGGCAACGACUACGCCCACGCCCAGACCAGCGACGGUCACGUCACCUCCGGAUCGUACAGCGUGGCUCUUCCCGACGGCCGAACCGAGAUCGUGGAAUUCACUGCCGAUCACGACAACGGCUACGUCGCCAACGUCGCCUACGAGGGGGAGGCCUCCUACCCCGCCCCCGCCCCCUCCUACCACCCCGCUCCCUCAUACCCUCGCCCCCCUUCCUACCCACCUCCCCCACCCCACCCACAUCAGUAAACCCAUCCAUCGUCAACGCACAGGCGGCUCUGCCAAAAGCUUCUUGCUCAAGAAAAUCCAGAACCAAAGAAGUUUUGAAACUCGUACCACAACAUUCAAAGCUCGCACAAAAGUCACAAGCUACCAAAUAACUUGUCAUCCUUCAGUAUUCCACGCUCCAGCCUCUCCAUUUCCUCCACGCAUAACCACGCAUGUCAACACGCUUUUAUCACCUUCAUUAACAUCUAUUGCAGAUCCGCCGAUGUAUACAGCAAAGGUGACUCGAUCCUCUUCCUCUCUAAACAAAUGGCCAAUCACUAGUAUCUAUACGUCAAGAUAAAUUACCAUCGGGGACGAAAUAAUGCACGUCCGAUCUUGAGUUACAUCAAAAUGUUCAAAAUAUGCUUUAUUGUAAUUCCAGACACAUGAAGAGUGUCUAUGAAGCACCGCCAUUUGACCUUGCAGUGUUGGGACUUUGUUUUAUAAAUAAAAUU